CCUCGCCCAUUUGCAGCGCCUUCUCCCCGCCCACGCUCCCAGCCUAUCUGUGGGCCUCAGGCCCCAGGCUUUGUGCGGAUCCAGGCGCUCCGAGCGGACGCCAGAAAGCCUGGAAGGCCAUCAUGUCCUCGAGGCCCAAACUCCAUUAUCCGAACGGAAGAGGCAGAAUGGAAUCUGUUAGAUGGCUUCUGGCUGCUGCUGGAGUCGAGUUUGAUGAAGAAUUUCUGGAAACAAAAGAACAGUUGCAAAAGUUGCAGGAUGGUAACCACCUGCUGUUCCAGCAAGUGCCUAUGGUUGAAAUUGAUGGGAUGAAGCUGGUGCAGACACGAAGCAUCCUCCACUAUAUAGCGGAAAAGCACCAGCUCUUUGGCAAGGACCUCAAGGAGAGAACCCUGAUUGACAUGUACGUGGAGGGCUUGCUGGAUCUGCUGGAACUGAUUAUCAUACAUCCUUUCUUGAAACCGGAUGAUCAGCAAAAGGAAUUGGUUACCAUGGCCCAGAAGGCUAUAAUUAGAUACUUUCCUGUGUUUGAAAAGGUUUUAAGGGGUCAUGGACAAAACUUUCUGGUUGGUAAUCAGCUGAGCCUUGCAGAUGUGAUUCUACUCCAAACCAUUUUGGCUCUGGAAGAGAAAAUUCCCAAUAUCCUGUCUGCGUUUCCUUUCCUCCAGGAAUACUCAGUGAAAAUAAGUAAUAUUCCUACAAUCAAGAGAUUCCUUGAACCUGGCAGCAAGAAGAAGCCUCCUCCUGAUGAGAUCUACGUGAGAACUGUCUGCAACAUUUUUAAGUUAUAAAACCACACCUUCCUCUGUGAGAGAGAACUUAACUCUAGAGAUGGCUGUGCCCACAGUAAUAUUUUCAUUGAUCCUAGCUUUGUCCUUGCGCUGUGUAUUAAGUUGAGUCUUUCAUGUCAAGGAAAUCUUCUCUUUUAGAAUAUCAACUCUUUUUGUCUAGUGAAUACUUAUAAUGGGGCCUUUUUUGUAAAACUUUUUUUUUUUUAAGUUUU